AUGUUGUACAAAUCAUGUGUGAGGCCUUCAAAGGUGGUCAUGGCAAACCUUGUAACAGUGUUGUUGCUAAUUGAGGUGUUUGCAUAUGGCUUCAGAUAUGGAGCAGAUGGCUUAAACAUGAACUACUACUUGAUGAGUUGUCCUUUUGUUGAACCUGUUGUUAAGAACAUUGUCAACAGAGCUUUGCUGGAAGAUCCCACUCUAGCAGCUGCUCUCAUUAGAAUGCACUUUCAUGACUGCUUCAUUGAGGGAUGUGAUGGCUCAGUUCUGAUUGACUCCACUAAGGAUAACACUGCAGAAAAGGAUUCCCCAGGAAAUUUGAGCCUGAGAGGCUACGAAGUCAUAGAUGCUAUCAAAGAAGAGCUUGAAAUUCAUUGCCCUGGUGUGGUUUCAUGCGCUGAUAUUCUCGCCAUGGCUGCUAGAGACGCAGUUUUCUUUGCAGGAGGACCAGUAUAUGACAUACCUAAAGGAAGAAAGGAUGGAAGAAGAUCCAAACUUGAGGAUACUAUCAAUUUGCCAUUCCCUACUUUCAAUGCCUCUGAGCUCAUUAGGUCAUUUGGUCAACGUGGAUUUUCUGCACAAGAGAUGGUGGUUCUCUCUGGGGCUCAUACACUAGGAGUGGCAAGGUGUGCUUCUUUCAAGAACCGGUUGAACCAAGUGGAUCCAACUUUGGAUGCAGAAUUUUCCAAGACACUGGCGAGAACAUGCAGUUCUGGUGACAACGCACAGCAACCAUUCGAUGCCACUAGUAACGAUUUUGACAACGUCUACUUCAACGCUUUGUUGAGGAGAAACGGGGUUCUUACAUCAGACCAGACACUGUACACCAGUCCCAAAACCAGGAACUUUGUGAACGCUUAUGCAUUCAACCAAGCCAUGUUCUUUUAUGAUUUCCAACGGGCAAUGGUGAAGAUGGGUCUGCUUGAUGUCAAAGACAAUUACAACGGUGAAGUUCGACAAAAUUGCCGCAAAAUAAACUGA